AACAACACACACACGUGCACGUGACGAAAAUGAGCAAAUUUGAACACUCGGUAAAGGUUCCCACCCAAUACAAGGCGACCGCCAAGAUUCUGAAAAAGGCAAUAGAGCAGCACUUGUCCAUUAAGACCCUAAUAUCGGAGGAGAAGCAUGCCCGUGUUCGCAGUUUGCAGACGGUGCUGAAACUAUAUAGUGACAACCGGCCUACCGUGGAAAACGCCAUUGAGGAAACAGGACUGCUCCAGGAUAACCCAAAUCUGGAUGCCUGUUUGGCCAGAGUAUUAGUCACCGAACUGGUCUUUGGCAGGAAACUACUAAACGGCGAGAGUAGGCCCGUCCAAACAGUGCGAAGUUAUAAGGAGAAAUUGCAGCAGGCGGUCAGUGGAUCCGGGUUUCAGAAGAAAGAACCCAAUCCCCGCUAUGUGCGCAUCAACACGAAUCUGUAUAGUUUGGCGGAGGCCUUAGAGUACCUGGCUCGUGAGGAAUGGCGUCGCAAGGAGCUGCCGUCGGAUGCCAGCUACCCGGAUUUUCUGGCAGCGGUAAAAACCCUCGAGGAGGAUGAAUUCAUUACGGAUAUAAAUGUGGAGGGCGUGCUCGUCUUCCAUCACAAAUCCAGCCGGUUCUGGGUAAACCAUGAAUUAGUACAAAGCAAGAAGUUCAUACUGCAGAACAAGGGCACAACUUUGGCUGCUGAGUUAUUGGCUCCUCCGCCGGGGGCCACUGUGCUGGACAUGUGCGCCGCACCCGGGAUGAAGACCCUGCACAUCUGCAACGUGAUGCAGAACAAGGGACGCAUCUACGCAGUGGAGCAGUCCACCGAUCGCUAUCGUACGCUGUGUAAAAUCACCGAAGAGGCGGGUUGCAAGAUUGUUACCCCCAUUUUGGGUGAUGCACUGACCAUGAAUGCGAAAACCUGUCCCGAUGUGGAGUACAUUUUGGUGGACCCCAGUUGCUCUGGAAACGGAAUGCAAAACCGCAUGAGUGUGUGCGAAGAGGAAAAGGACGACAAGCGGCUCUACAAGCUGGCGGGAUUGCAGAUCAAGAUCCUGAGUAAAGCGAUGUCCGAUUUUCCGAACGUCAAGCGCAUCGCCUACUGCACCUGUUCUCUGUGGAGGGAGGAAAAUGAGCAGGUGGUUCAGCGCUGUCUACAGAUGAAUCCCUCCUUUAAGAUGCUGAGUUGCAAGAAGGCGCUGCGCAACAAGUGGCAGAAUGUGGGCGACAAGGACUACCCCCAAAUUGGCAAAAACUGCCUGUACUGUCGGCCAGAUGAGGAUCUUACCGAUGGCAUCUUCCUCGCCCUUUUCGAGAAACGCCGCGAUGGAGACUUAGAUUAGUUCUAGAAGCAACAAAAAUAAUCCCGCUCUUAGAAUGUAAACUAAACCUUUAUUUGGCACAUACGCCACAGAAUUGUUUCAACUUCAGUUUUGUACAUCUUUUUAAAAAAAUAAAAAAUAUUAUAUCAUAUAAUAAGCUUGAA